CUCAUUUGUGAAGUAUCAAAUAUCUUCGGAAGUGUUACGGAACGAAAGGCGUCUCCGACCAAACAGAAGGUUCCGAGGGUCAAACACAGAGAAGGGGAAACAGACAAAGAACAUCGAAGAAGCAAAUCUUUCUUCAGACGGAAGUUGCGGAUCCAAAAGGUGCCAAAACCGAAUUAAUUCAAUGUCUUGGCCUGCUCCAGAUGACGUCUUGCUCUCUACCUCCCUUGCCACGUACCUUGACAAAAAACUUCUUGUUCUCUUGAGAGAUGGUCGAAAACUUUUGGGGUUAUUGCGCUCUUUCGAUCAAUUUGCUAAUGUUGUUCUUGAAGGUGCAUGUGAGCGAUUGAUUGUUGGUGAUCUUUAUUGUGAUGUCCCUUUAGGCUUAUAUGUGAUUCGUGGAGAAAAUGUUGUCUUAAUUGGAGAGCUGGAUUUGGGUAAGGAGGAGCUUCCACAACAUAUGACUUGUGUGUCAGAGGCUGAAAUACGAAAGGCUCAAAAGGCAGAAAGGGAUGCUACCGAUCUAAAGGGCACCAUGAGGAAAAGGAUGGAGUUCCUUGAUUUUGAUUAAACUAUCCUGCCAUCUUACCAGUCAAGCUGGUCCAUCUGCAAAUUUUAAUGCAGCUGUGGCUCGUUUUCGAUCGUGGGGAUGGAAGAAUAAUUUACGAUAGAAUGCGCCAUUUGUUGUCGUGGAAACUGGCACGAUAGGAAAUUAGAUUUCUUGGCAGCUAGAUCUUUUUUGUAGCAGAGGCCAUGAAAGUAAAUUGUGACUUUCUGGCUUCUCUAAAGAGAAGCUGACAAUUAUCAUGCCCCUUUCUGCAUGUAGUUUUCAUGCUAAUGCAUGUGGGGGUAUGUGUUAUUAUUGUGCACUUAAAAUUUUAGUUUGGUUUUAGAAAAUGAUUUAUAGUGAAGAUGUUAUUAAUCAGUGUUUAUGAUCAUCAUUUACAAUGCUCUUUUCAGAA